ACCACCACCAUCCCGCGUCGUGUACUCUGGAAUAUACCUGCGUCGAGCCCUACCACCACGUUCCCUUCGACCGCUGCGCCUAAAACCCCAACAUAUGCAUGAUAGUUUCGUGUCGUCAAUUACCACUAGGGGCUGCAUUUGAUGAUAUUUUGAUGUGCACCGGUCCUUUUGCUUCCUUCUGCCGAACAUGUGGUAAAGGGAAAGCGUGCUGUUUUUGAUACGCACAGCAUCUUUUUUCACAACUACAUCCAUCUCUGCAGGAUACACUGCGAACGGCGAUUCGAUGAAAAAGGGUCUUACCUUAGUCAAAAAGAAGGGCGUCGAGACUGCUAUAAUUCCUCUGCAAGGUCUAAAAGCAGCUGCAGGACUGAUCCCAGUACCGGCCCUUGGACCAGCGACGGAUAUCAUCCUCUCCAUCUUGGAAAUUGCAUAUCAGAGCCAGCAGAAUGCGGAGAACUGCCGUGAAAUCGCAGAUCGGUGCUUGAGGGUUCAUGUGACAUUAUCUGAGCAUCUGCAGAGCAUGGAAAUCACACCGACUCUAUUGAAAAGCAUUAGACGAUUUGAAGUGGAGUUGCAUAACGUCCAAGAAUUCGUCAAACGAUACAGACACAAGACGGCGAUCCGUCGUUUAUUUUAUUCGAAAUCAGAUAAUGAUGAAUUGCAACGCCUUGGAAAACGGGUUGACGAAACUCUUUCGCUUUUCCAAAUCGAGAGGUUACUUUCGCUUGAAGAAAUCUGCAUGAAGAUGUAUGCAUCCAUACAGCACGUCAACCAAAAUAUUUUAAGGAAUGGUGCAUCCCUACAACGUAUCGAGCAGAAUACUGUAGUACUUGUGAACCGUUCCGAACCUGCUCUGGGGUCCAAAGGAGCAUCGGUAGAAAUCGUGCCGAGAAGUCAUUUCACUCCCGGCGAGGAGAUCAUCAAUGGUCCAGAUUAUAGCCUUCAAACCGCAGAGAUGCGCAGCGGAAAGAUCGUUACCAUCAGAGUGUUCACAGGUUGUAAAGCGAAAUCAACCUGGGAAGCAUCAAAGAAGGUCGACUUGAACAUUAUGCAUCCCAAUCUACCUCACCUUAUCGGAACUUCAAGUCCUGACCAGCAGGGGGCCCUAUUCUCAGUAUAUGAUCUUGAUAUUAAGGACAGCGUUGAGGGUGUUAUCAUGUCAUGGAUGCACCAGGAUAUUGACGAAAUCAUGUAUAUGUGUGCCCGAAUGGUUCACGGAAUUUCUAGUGCACUGAAUAAUCUGUCGGAGCAAGCUCGUUUGUUUGAUCUGGGUGCGGAAAGCUUUGAUAUUCUUUGGGAUGCUCGCGGCCGGGUGGUACUCGCAAUCCAUCCGGAAGUGGCCACCUCUUCAACAACCACCUUGACUUCUCCCGAGGACCAUAACCUAAGCCUUUUACAUGCGAUGGACGACAUCUGUGAUAACAUCUUUCGUAAAGUUAAUCAUAUACGUUAUGAUGAUGAUCCGUACCGCACAGAGUCCCAGGAUAGUCCCAGUAUACAGUUAGAUGAGGACACAUCUUCUCCAGCAACUUCAUCUCAAUCGUCGAAUACGACUGUGAUUAAACCUCGGCGGGAGCUGUUUUGGCAGUCAGCAUCUCGCUAUGACACCAGUGUACAUGAGAUCUCACAGCAAUAUGGAUCAUUCGUAUGCCUCAAAACGUUCUGUCCGCCUGUUCGUCGAGUCUAUACCUCUCGUCGGCCUACGGAACACCACAAAUGCAAAGGAUAUAUGCGAGAAGAGCUAACUCUUACACCUGUCAUUCUUGAGAACAAGGUUGUUGUGCACCCGCUGCCGUGUAUUAAUGAAAUCUGUAUUAUUUGCGGGGAACGCAUUGAAGAGCUAUCUACGUUCGAGAUCCUACGGCGCAAUUAUCUAGCUAUGUUAAACGAACAGCCAUCGUCAUCUAAUUUGACCAUCGACUCAAUGGCUGUUUCCGAUGACGAUCGGCUCACUGACUCUUUAUCGUCAGGCACAUCGCCGCUCUUCGACACACCUUACAGCGACGCCUUGGACUCGUUUGAAGCAUCGACGAUUUACUACACUGCUCAGACCCACUUCCUUACAACUCCCAUUUUCCAGGACAGCUAUACCCCAUUAAUAUCGGAUGCGGAUGAGCAAAUGUUCCGCUCGUACGAAGAACUGUUG